CCGCCCCCCAUGGAGGAGCAGCCCCACCACCACCAUCACCACCACCACUAUUACUACUACGGGCACCACCACCACCACCCGCAGAGCGCCUACCUGCCGCCGCCCGACGGCCGAGCCCAGCCCAAGCCGCCGCUCCGCCACGAGCACAAGCACGGCGGCCCGCAGCACACGGAGGCGCCGAAGCGGAGACCAGGCUACGGAGAGCUAAAUGGUAACGCAGGAGAACGAGAAGUGUCACUAAAGGGCCUGUGCUCUGAUGAAGCCACCACCCCAGGAUCCAGGGUACCCAAUGGCAGCCAGCAGCUCAUAGAUUCUAAUGCCACCCCAAAGCAGCCUGUGAAGGCCAGCGCUUUGGGGAAAGCUGGAAUCAAAACCAAGAACUUCAUUCAGAAAAAUAGCAUGGACAAAAAGAAUGAGAAGUCCUACGAAAACAAACACAGAGAAAACCAGUCCUCAGACAAGCCAGAGGGAGUGCCUAUUCCAAACGGCGUGGUGACCAAUAAUUCCAGCUACAUCACAAAUGGCUACGUAGGCAAAGGGGCCGACAACGAUGGUAGUGGCUCCGAGAGUGGAUAUACUACGCCUAAAAAACGGAAAGGCAGGCGCAACAGUGCCAAGGGUUGUGAGAACUUGAAUCUAGUACAGGACAAAAUAAUGCAGCAGGAGGUCAGCGCACCAACCUUGAAACAGGAACUUGACAGUUUCAAGCCUGAUUAUAGUGAACAAAAGGGGAACCGAAUUGAAAAUACUAAGCCUGUUUGGAAAUACGAGGCUGGGGCUGGUGGAGCAGGUCGGGGAAAGCCGGGGCUCGGGGAUGUACCGAGGAAAAACUCUGAUGCGAAACCUGGGAUUAGCAGCAAGAAGUUUGAUGACCGGCCCAAAGGGAAGCAUGCAUCGUCGGCUACAUCUAAAGAGGACUCAUGGACCUUAUUUAAACCACCCCCAGUUUUUCCAGUGGACAAUAGCAGUGCUAAAAUUGUUCCCAAAAUUAGUUAUGCAAGUAAAGUUAAAGAAAACCUCAACAAAGCAGCUCAAACCCCAUCCACAUCAUCCUCGUCAUCUUCAUCAUCUGCUGGGGAAACUCAGGCCCAAACAUCAAGUCGACUGUCCCAAGUCCCCAUGUCUGCUAUGAAAUCUGUCACUUCUGCCAGCUUCUCCAACGGGCCGAUCCUGGCGGGGAGCGAUGGCAGUGUGUAUUCCCCAGGGGCCCAGCCACUGCUCUCCACUGCUGCUAGUACUGUACCAUCGACCUCCUCCGAGUCAGUACCCCAGGACACGAGUACAACUUCGACAACGCUCGAGCAAAAGAAAUCUGGCCUUUUUAUCUACCCUUCAAAUAUGCAAACUGUGCUCCUGGGGACAGCGCAAGUCGAUUUCCCUUCGCAGACGAAUCAGCAGAACCUGGGGGAUAUCUUCCAGAAUCAGUGGGGCUUGUCUUUCAUAAACGAGCCCAGUGCUGGACCUGAAACCGUUGUGGGGAAAUCUGCGGAUAAUCAGUUAAUGGAAGUGACAUUUCAAGGGGAAUAUCCUGCCACUUUGGUUUCACAGUGUGCUGAAAUCAUUCCCUCAGGAACUGAACAACCUGUGUUUCCUAAGGCUUAUGAGCUGGAUAAACGGACUAGCCCUCAAAUUCUUAGUGCUAUUCUUAAGCCUGGGACUGCUGUUGAGGGUGGUGUCUUAGCUUUGGAGUCGCAUCACACAGGUGACCUACAAAAGGCAGACACCGGUAGCCAAGGUGCUUUAGUGUUUCUUUCAAAAGACUAUGAAGUAGAGAAUGCUCUGGCCUCUCCUACGAACAAUUUGCUAGCCUCCGCCAAAGAACAGAGGUACCAGAGAGGCCUAGAAAGGAAAGAUAGCUGGGGUUCUUUUGACCUGAGGGCUGCUAUUCUAUAUCACACUAAAGAAAUGGAAGCGGUUUGGAAUUUGCAGAAGCAAGAUCCCAAAAGGAUAAUCACUUAUGAUGAAGCCAUGGAUCGCCCGGAUCAAUGAAGGUAGCAAGACAAGACUGCCUGUUCUAACCUUUCUGCAGCAUUUGUGCUGUUCGUGGGGGACAAAAAGGCUUUUAUGCUCCUUCUAAAUCUUCAGUGCAGCAGAGGAACCAUAACUAGAAUCACAGGAUAAUAUAUACAAAUAUAUAUAUAGUUAUUUAAAAAUGGCAACUGAAAGUAAUUAGACUUCUUAAGGAAUCUGAAAAUUUAUUUCAACGAGACUACACACGUGAUUAUUUAAUCUCCGGUACUGAAUAGAUUUUUUUUUUUUUUUUUUCAUUUUUGUUUUGUUUUGUUUUUGUUUAAAGAGUGAAUGCAAGUGAUUAAGGAAUACAGACUCAAUUACAAGCCCGGUUUCAAAGUUCCUGCUGUCGUCUACAUGGGCAACAGCAACCCACUGGAGAGGCAUUUCCACCUGACAAGGUUUCUGUUUCUUGUUCUGUGACUGUAGUGACACACUAAUCACAGGGAAAUCAGGAUGAUUCACCAUCCUUCAUCUCCCCUUUCCCUUCCACCUCCCCUGUUUGGUUUCUUUUUUUUUUUUUUUAUUUCCCCUAUUUUGUUUUCCAUUGAAUGCUGGAGAAACGCCUUGAAGUUUGCAGAGUUUCUUUUUUUUUCCAGAGAAUUAUAAUCCGCGUGUUUUGCCAGGAGUAAAGCAGCAAUCCUAUGCUGGUGAUAUUGUCUUAAAAGGAUCAUUCUGCUGAGGGAAAGAUGGUAAUACUGCAGUUCUAGGAUGCAUGGUGAAGUCACACAGUUGACCUGGCUCCUGUUACACGUUGGACUAUUGCAACUGAAGAGUUAUUUCAUUUUAAAAGACAACAUGGAAAAAUAAGCAAUCUGUUUAGGCAUUUAAUAUGGAAAAAAACCACAAAAAAAACCCCCACUGUUCCCACAGAUUAAUGCUAUUGUAUUACUGGGAGCAAGAAAAAAAAAAAAAGACAAAAAAAAAGUAUCUUCUGCUUUCAACUGUAGGUGCUUCAUAUUUGCUCUGUCUGUCUCCUAACACUAAAUGUGCUGGAUUUUUUUCCCAUUUUCAUUGGAAAACUGAAGAGGAAUUGAGUUCUGCUAACUUUCACCCUUCUUGAAUUAUUUUUUCUCUUAAAAAAAUUUUCAAAAUAACAAAAAAAAGAAAAAAGUUAAAAAAAAAAAAAAAAAAAAAGAUAAAAAUGGGAAUUUGAAUCCUUUUCAAUUUGUCCAUAGAAUGCCAAUGGCUGGACUUCCUGCCCCUUGGAGAUGCUCUUUUAUAUUUUAAUGCAGUCUGUGUAUUUCCGGGCUCUGCUUCUAAUUAUCUCUUAAUAAAAAUAUAUUUUACUACAAAAAAAUGGAGGACUUAGGAAUGAAAAUAAUAAUUUUAAAUAAUAAAGAAAAAAAAUAAUCCCAGGGAAAGGAAAGCAGUGGUAGGGAAGGCUGAGCAGAGUACAGGCUCCAGCUGUAUAACCCCUCUGUCCCAUUGCAGCUUGUCUAAUGUGUCCAAAUCAUCUGGGGGUCGGGUAGUUCUUCUGGUUUUUUUUCUUAAAGGUGGAAAGUUCACAGGGUCCAGUGUAAGAGUGAGGAAUUAAUAAAGCAGAAAUGGGUUUGAUGACCAGCCCCAGCUCCCCAUGUACCCAGAGCUCAUCGUGGGUGUCUGUGGCCUAAUCCUGGCUCCUGGAUGUCCAAAUCAGCAGCAAUUGGUGUCUCCUAAAAUGAGACUGGACCCUCUGGGGCAUUACAAGGAACAAAUAAACCCAAAACUUUGGAAUACCCUUUGUGCUUAGGUUUGUCCAUCCAGUCGCUGUCUGGUCACCAGAGGGUCCCACAAGGCUCCAUCCUCAGCCCAUUUCUCUCCAGCAUCUCAUUGACAACCUGGGUUUGGGACUCAGAGAUACUAAUUUUACUGACACACUAAACUGGGAGGAGCUGUUGACUCCCUCUAGGUCAGAGAGCUCUCAACAAAUGAGAGAUGGGCUAUCACCAGCUGUAUGAAGUUUAACAAGGGUGAGUGUCAGAAUUUGCAGCCCUGGACAGGCUGGGAAUGAGAGGCUGGAGAGCAACACCAUGGAAAGGGAGCUGGGGAUCCUGUUGGAUCUGAGUCAGCAGUGCCCUGGUGGGCACCAGACCCAGCAUGAUCUCUCCUGCUUUGCUCUGCACUCAGGUGUGGCCUCACCUCAAAUUCUUGGGGCAGUUCUGGGCACCACAAUGUAAGAAAGACCCCUAUUGGAGAGCAUCCCAAGGAGCCCAUGAGGAUGAGGAAGCCUAGAGGGGGAGGCCUUAUGAGAUCACUUGGUUUGGUCAGCUGGGGAAGAGGAGAGACCUCAUUGUGGUCUUCAACAUCCUCCCAUGGGGCAGGUUCCAAUCUCUUCACUCUCAUGACCAGUGACAGGGAAUAGCCUGAAGCUGAGUCAGGGGUUGGAUAGCAGGAAAAGGUUCUUAACCCAGAAGCACUGGAACAGGCUCCCCAGGGAGGUGGUCACAGCACCAAACUUGUCUGAGUUCAAGAAGAGUUUGGGCAGUGCUUUCAGGCACAGGGUGGGAUUCUUGGGGAGUCCUGCACAGGGCCAGCAGUUGGACUCAAUCCUGAUGGGUCUCUUCCAACUCAGAAUAUUCUAUGAUUCUAUCGCUUUCUUUCUUACUGUUUUUUUGUUUUUGUUUUUGUUCUUUUUUUUUUAAUUAGGGGUAUGUAGCAUGUGGGUUUUUUUAAAUUGUUUUUAUACUUUUAAUAAGAUUGUUCCUGAAUGAGACAUUUGAGUUCAUGGUGGGACAAUGAAACUGAAUUCUGUACCUUGUGUAAGACGCUCACUUUCUGCCACGCUUAAACAUUUGACUAUGGAUUGCCUACUCCAUUUGAUGUAUCCAAAGCUAUAUAGUAUAAUACUGAGUGUGAUACUAUAUAGUCAUGUAUUGUAUCAGUCCAGGUUCAGAAAUGUGUGGUUGGCCAGUCGCAAAUAGUUCUGUUUCACCUAUAAACUGUGCCACCUCUACAGGUGUGUGUAACUUUGAGAUGUAUAACAUGUUUACAGAUGUGCCCAACAUCUAGUCCUCCGACGUUCCUAUUUUUAAUUCUGUUGAGUCUCCCAACUGCUUGCCAAAAGUUGGAAUCACCUCCAGCUCUGCUGCUGAAGAGCUGGGGUGUUCCUGAGCUUUAAAGUGUUGAACAAACUGGAUGGUGGGGCUGGGAAAAUGAAGGUGGAAGAAAUGUUCUUUUUCCUUUAUUAUUAUUAUUUUCAAAACGUUGAAGGCUAAUAGCAAAAUUUCCAGUUUGUUUUACUGGCUUUAAGGCUCUGCUGUGUAUUUAUUUGCCUUGUGUAGUCACUUGUCGCCUUAAGGGCUGGGUUCCAUUAAAAAAAAAAAAAAAAAGAAAAAAAAGAAAAAAAAAAAAGACAAAAACUCCCUGUUUUGCUUCCCUGGGGUCUGUGCUGUCCUGUACCUCUGCCCCAGGUCCGUGCUUGGGGCGAUGCAGGAGUUGAGCAGCAUUAACCCUGCGCCUCUAGAAAGGUCUGAGUCUUGCUGAAUAUUUGAGGACUCUUAUCCUGGCCUAGUCCAGUCUGUCACCUAAAUAGCAAAAGAAAUGCUGAGAGGAACACGGUUCGAGCGAUGGCUUGGGCUGGAUUUCCCCCGAUGCUCAUCUCUGUGGCUUUGCCUCGCCAGCAGGACCCAUCCAGAAACACCCUCGGCAGCACCUUCUCUGCUGUAUUUCUGACCAUCCUCUGUCCAGAUGUCUGUCUGUCUGUCUGUCUCCAUGAGCUCCACGGCGUGUGCUCAGCGCUAAGCAGUUAGGAAUUCCUCUCUCUGAGCUCCUGUAGCUCCGGCUCCCUGGUAUUUCUGGGAUAGACUAUUGCCUAGAGCCAGGCAGGACCCUGGAAGGAACUUCCUCGUGCUGUCGUGUAACUCACCCUGUCGCUGUCUGCAGUCCUCCCCAAGUCCUCACACAAUUCUUAACUGAGCACUUAUUAAAAAUAUAUUAAGAUUUAAUCUGUUUUCUGAUUAUUUUUGUGUAAACUUAUAAAAAAAAGAAAAAAAAGAAAAAAAAAAAACCUGAAAUUGAGCUGUGACUAAUUUAGCACAUUGAAAUAACGAUAAGGUGUUACUGAUAAGUCUCACGUUUGUUUUGUUUGUUUUUUUUUGUUUGACUCAGAGUAUUAGUACUGUAGCAUAAACCAAAUAGAGCCCAGGAAGGGGAGCAGCAGCCUCCUGUCCUGGGUCUGCACCCGAGGGUGUCUGUGGGACGAGGAGCCGGCGGUGCGUGUGCGAGCAUCUGACUUGUGAGCAGAGCGAGCGAGUAUUUAUUUGUGCCAUUGUUUUCAUUACACUGAGCAAAGAAAGUUUUAAAACAAAACCCCUUAGGUAUGUGUAGUAUCGGAAAGCGGCACUAAGGGUGAGAUCACAACCUAUUUUUUUAUUAGCUAUGAAGAUAUUAAUUCAGGUUAAGGCUUCUCUCUCUCAUUUCUGUUCUUGUUUUGAGUCCCUUUUCUCUGGUUUCCUUUCCAAGUUGUUCAUAUUGGAGUGAGGAUUCCUGCACAGGCAGAGGCUGUUUCCUUUCUCCUCUGGUCAUUCCCCACCUCUCCUCUGCCAGCAGGUUCUUUUGAUGUCUCUUUUACAGGGUCUUGUGUAAUAGAGGCUGGAGCAUGUAGUGCCAGCAAGAUCCAUCUUGGGGUCUGCUCGCUUUUUGGUGGAUCAUGGAGUGUUCAUGUGCUCCAAGAGGUGAUUUAACAGCUGCUCCAUGACAGUGGUUUGAGGCCUUGGGUCUCUGCUCUCUCCCACUCCACCCAUUUGGUGGAUUGGCAAAGCAAUGGUUUUCAAGCUUUGCUUGGAUUUUGGCUUUGGUUUAAACCCACCUCAGUCCUCUGUGAAACCUAGUAAAAAUCUCCUGUCUCUUUGACCAGUGAGUAGCUCCAGGGUGUGGAUUCUGUUACUAACCCACUUCAAACCUUUCUGAGCUAGUAAAUCCCACUUCUUGCCUUUCAUAGCUGCUGUGAACUUCUUUGAAAUGUGGAAAGAAACCCAACUCUCACUAGGUUGUGGGUCUGGCAGCUGGGAGCAGGUGGUGGGUGAACCAGCCAGCUAAAAAGGAAAGGAAAAUUGCUUCCUUCUAGGAAAAAAAAUAGGAAAAAGGAGAACUGGGACUUGUGCUCCUGUUUGUGUGUGUAAUUAGUGCUUUCACCUUCAAGAGAGCAUUAAGGUAGCACCAUAGUGUCCUUUCCCAAGUGGCCAGUGGGUGACCUCAGGGACAUCUGGGAGCGAUGGUGUUCACAGCCAGAACUGCCAGUAGUUUUCCUGUGUGUCCAGGUUUUGAUCUUGAUUCAGCUAAUUGCUGUGGUGUCUCAAGCUUUCAGGAGUCUUACCCUCUCAUCCCUAGAAGACUUUUCUGUCCGUCCAUCCUUCGUGAUUUGUUUUUCUUACAGAGGCUGUUUACAAGGGAGCUGGUUGAGGUUGGGAGGGGAGAGAACAAGGAUUCACCCACUUUGAAGCUGCUGCACAUUUCCACACUGGUGUGUAAGGCAGGAGAAGGGCUGGUGUGGUGGAGUAGCCAAGAAAGCCAGAGUAAUUCUGGCUUUGGCCACCACCAGAGCAUUUUUCCAUGUGGGAAAACCCUAGUGCACAGAGCUGGGAAGCAGGAACUUGGUGGGAAGAAGAUCUCCAUGUGCUGCCUUCCAGGGAUUACAGAGCUUUAGAGGUUUGCCCAGUACAUGUUGCACUCCAGGGUCAGGCUGGCUCCUCUGUCCUGCCCAAGAUGCUCUAAAGCAGCAGGAGAGUGGAGCUGUGGAUACCUGGAGAGGUAAAAGAGCCCUGUGUCCUGGGCAUGAGCCGCUCCCUGUGCUGGGACUGGAGCAAGAGUCCUGCCUGUGUCCUCACCAGGGGAUGCUGAGCUGGAUUUAUCUUGACUGUUAAUCAGAAAGCUUCAUAUAACAUGUCCAGGGCUCUAAAGCCAUUUUGUAAGAUAGCAGUGUCCCUUUUCUACAGCCUUAUUAAUGAAUAGAAGAUCUUUAAAAAGAAGAAAACAAACAAACAAAAAAGAA